GUGGAGGCGCUGCGAGCAGACAUGGAGCGGAGGCCGGCGGCGGGGCCAGGCGCGCGGCGGCGUGCGGGCGGCGGGCAUGGCGGCGCUCGCGGCGCGGCGGGGCGCGGCCGGGCUGUGCUGGCUGGCGCUGCUGGCGGCCCUGCUGCGGGCGCGGCCCGCGGGCGCGCAGGUGUCGGGGCUGUACUGCGGCGCGCGGAGCUGCUACGACGUGUUGGGCGUGAGCCGCGCGGCCGACAAGGCGGACAUCGCGCGGGCCUACCGCCGGCUGGCGCGCCGCCUGCACCCCGACCGCUUCCGGCCCGCGCCCGGCGACGACCCCGAGCUCGCGCCCGGCCGCGCCGAGGAGGCCUUCCUGCUGCUGGCCACGGCCUACGAGACGCUCAAGGAUGAAGAGACACGCCAGGACUAUGACUACAUGCUGGACCACCCGGAGGAGUACUACAGCCACUACUACCACUACUACAGCAGGCGGCUCAGCCCCAGAGUGGACGUCCGGGUGGUGGUCCUGGUCAGCGUGUGCGCCAUUUCUCUGUUUCAGUUUUUCAGCUGGUGGAAUAGCUAUGAUAAGGCGAUCACCUACCUUGCCACGGUGCCCAAGUACCGCAUCCAAGCCACAGAGAUCGCCAGGAAGCAGGGGUUGCUGAAAAAGGCCAAAGAGAAGGGCAGGAAUAAAAAGACCAAGGAAGAAAUUCGUGAUGAGGAGGAGAACGUCAUAAAGAACAUUAUAAAAAGUAAAAUUGACAUAAAGGGAGGCUACCAGAAACCCCAGAUACGUGACCUCCUCCUGUUUCAGAUUCUCUUGGCCCCUUUUCACUUGUGCUCGUACGCAGUCUGGUAUUGCCGGUGGGUCUAUAACUUUAACAUCAAAGGCAAAGAGUACGGAGAAGAAGAAAAACUGUACAUUAUACGCAGGGCUAUGAGGAUGUCCGAGUCUCAGUUUGAUAGUCUAGAAGAUCACCAGAAAGAAACGCUUCUUAAGCGGGAGCUCUGGAUAAAGGAGAACUAUGAGGUCUACAAACAGGAACAAGAAGAAGAACUAAAGAAAAAAUUAGCGGAUGACCCUCGGUGGAAGAGGUACAGAAGGUGGAUGAAGAAUGAAGGCCCAGGCCGAUUAACGUUUGUGGAUGACUAAAGGAUUGUUGGGGUGCCCUGUGCCAAUGCUGAUUGUGAUCUUAUUUUCAUGACUGACUUAUUCUAGAAAUCAUCAGCUGCUCCUUAGCAGUAACUAAAAUUCCUCAAGUAUUGGAAUAAGCAGAAUAAUGUAGAAUUGUGUCAACUUUUUCCUUAAAACUUUAUACACAACAUUUAUGAUUGUUCAGUUUUUAUAAUCUGUUUGUGAAUUUUGUUAAAAUAUUUCACAUGAAGAUUUAUUAGUUGCCACUUAAAAUAUAUGUUUAGUUAAAAUAUUUGACAUGAAAAUUUAUUAGAUACCAUUUAAAAUUUCUUAUUGUUUAUUCCUCCAGUGUUACCUUAUUCUGUUACAGUGCUACAGUUUCCUCUUUCAUGACCAUUCAUAUUUUCAUAAAACAAAUUAUGGCAGCAUUUAAUUUCAUUAUUGUGUCUUUCUAGACACUAACUUCUUUGGCAGAAUGAUCCAACUCAUCUUCAUUGUAGUCAUUCUUGGGUUGAAAUAUGUUGAAAAUAUCUCUCCGGGAGAGUCUUUGCUAGAAUAGCUUUAUAUUAUUUCCCGUUUAUUCAUAAUAUUCUGUGUCAAGCCAGGAACUCUCCAGGAGAGUAAAUCUGCCUUCAUGUCCUUGUAGGAUGAUCUCGACUACAGUCAUUAUAGGACUAAAGUGUAUUCUCCAGAAGAGACCUCAUAGAAAGGUCUUUGUGCCAUAAUAUUGUUUCCCCCCUUCAGUAAAGAAAGGAGACGCAAAUAAAUGAAUGAAUAAAAAGAUGGAGCAGAAAUGGCAUGCUGAAAACUUGUCCAUGCGUUACGAAGUCCCUGACUAGUGGAAAGUCACUGUACAUGAGCACCUUUGAACCAGGAAGAAGUUCGUGGGUGUGUGCUGUUCUUUCAAGCAGUGAAAUAAUCGUUUUAUCUGUGUGAAAUGAAAGUACUUCACACACGGUUUGAAGCAAGUAUGAUACUGUAACGUCGUAUCAAUACACAUAUACAGUAGUGAGUCAGUGCUUCUGUUGAAGAGUCUGUCCCACUGUUUCAUACUAAUAAACUGGUCGUACUGUA